AUGCAACCCUUUGUCGACAAAACAAAGACCAUGGAUCUAUCGAGCGAAGAUACCGAAUGUGAUGAACCGGGAGUUUGCGAUCGGGCUGCUGUGAAGAAAGACCUGUUUUUCAUCGCAAUAUAUGAGCGCUCAUGUCUCAAUCAAGCAAUAUCUUCGGCGCAAGGUGUAUGGAAGUUCAACGCCCUAAUAGUACAUAUCGGUCCAUCGAACCUUUAUGGACAGAUGUACGUGGCUAGAGAUCUGACUCUUAGGUGA